AUGGUGUUGCUCCAAUUUUCUGUAGGCCAACCACCGGACAUGGAAUUUCCAUCCACAAUCAACUUGACCGCGGGGGUGCUCCUAACGCCGCCAUUUGCCACGCUCGAUGAGGAAGGUGUCUUUGGGGGAUUCGAAAUUGAGCUACUGGAGCGCAUGAAAGUUUAUGCGGAUCAGGAUGGCAUUCCACUCCACGUGGAGCUAGGAGUAGCACCCAAAUUCUACGACUCUGCCGUGGAUCUCGUGGCAAACGACUGCAACAGCACAGCCAAUCCAAACGACUUGGACGAUUGCAAUGCCUUUGACUUUAUCAUUGGGGAUUUCUAUCAGACCGUGGGUAGAUUCCAACGGGUCGACUUUAUGCCAACCUGGCUGCACAGCAAAUUGGGAGUUCUCAAGUAUCUUUUUGGAGACACGUUGCGGGAGAUCAAGUCGUUAAGCGAUGCCGAGAGAUCGGGAGCCGAGGUCUGCUACCCACCGGCAAGUUAUGUGGAGUACCUGUUGCAGGAGUACAUGCCAACCAUACAGGGUGUUCCUUGUCCGAGUUCAGACAUUGGAGAAUGCAUUGAUUUCCUAAAGGGUGGAAACUGUGCCAUAUUGGCCAACGAUCAAUUGCUCUUGGAAGGCUAUGCCAAAGACGAUCUCAGUGUUGACAUUAUUCCCGAGAAUAUACAGUCACAGUACUUUAUUUGGCCACUGAAGCAAUCCUUGCCCCCCGAGGUAUCGUGGCUCUUGAAGAAAUGGAUGUACGAAGCUGGAAGCAAGGGCGACUUGGAAUUGUUGCACAAGAAGUAUUUUGAAGUGGCAAGAUGUCCUGUUGGUACAGCCGGUCAAAAUUGUGAGCUACACUGUGAUGCAGAACAUGGAAUUGCUAGUAUUAGGGGUGUGUGUAUUUGUAAAUCCACCAAGUGGACUGGAGAUGACUGUUCCAUUGCUGUGGAGGAAAAUCUCAAUCGUCUUCCAGCAGGCAUGGUGAUCACUGCCUAUGCUUUGGUGGGUAUAACAGUCGUUACAGCAACAGGAUGUGCUGUAUGGGUCAUCUACAAUAGGAAGAGAGCUCAGCUCAGAGCUGCACAGCCAGUGUUCCUUGGACUGAUUCUAGUGGGGGCGGUCAUAAGUACUUCCACUAUCAUUGCGAUGGCACAAGAGGGAAAUUGCAUGGCCGUGCCCUGGUUGUACAGUGUUGGGUUCUGUGUUACGUUUGGUUCCUUGUUUGCAAGGAUCUGGAGAGUGUAUGAGCUUGUCAGAUCGGCAGCAGAAAUGCGCCGUGUAUCAAUAUCGAUAAGAGACACCCUGCGUUGGGUAGGUCUGGUCUUUGCCUUGGACAUCAUCAUUCUCAUUGUGUGGUCUGUUGUUGAUCCACUGGAAUGGACCAGAGAAACGAUCAGUUCUGAUUUAUUUGGGGAGCCACUUGAGAGCAUUGGCUAUUGUUCCUCUGACCACUGGAGAGUGUUUUAUUCCGUACUUGGAAUCGUCCACCUUGCCCUCACGGCAGUUGCAUGCUUCAUGUGCUACCGUGCCAGACACAUUCCAGAGGAGUUCAGCAGCUGCAAGUACAUUUCGAUUGCCAUGUUCUCUAAUCUUCAGAUCUUUGUGAUUGCCAUUCCUGUGCUGAUCAUGGUGAGAAAGGAUCCUGUAACAGGGUUCUUUGUCAGAUCACUUAUGAUAUGGGUGAAUGAUAUUGUGGUGGUUGGUCUCAUCUUUGGCAGCCUUAUGAAACGUCUCUAUGUGUGGGAUAUGAGCAACCGAGCCAAUGUUGACUCCAGCGCUCACAACAUUGCGAAAGGUAUUCGGGAAUGUUCCCAAAACAUGAGACAACAAAGAAUUUCAAGUGCUUCAACAGCAGAACAACUCAACAAUCCACCCCAGUAA